AUGGCAGCAGAUCAGGCGCUCGGCGCGGUCAGGCAGAUCCAGGCCCUCGCCGAUGGGCCGCAGACGCCGGAGAUGCACGCUCACCUGAGUCAGAUCGUGACCCCUGUGCUCGCCUUCCUGGACCACCCCGACGCCCGUGUCAGGCUCAACUCCGCCAGGGCGCUGUUGAAGCUGUCGGCGGGCUAUCCCGAGGACAUGGCCGCCAUGGACCUCAGCAGGGCAAGGGGCGCACUCAAACGAACCAGGGCGUCUCGAGCUGCCGGGACUGCAGAUGCCGACGCCCAGGAACUGGAGGCCAUCUUGAUGGAUGUGCUGGAAGCCAUCGCGACACCUGGGGCGAGCGCAGCAUCGACGGCAGCCUCCACGCCGCCUUCUGGCGGCAGGGGCGAGGUGAUCUUGAAGCUUGGGGAGCAUGCCGACGGGAAGGUGAAGGCCGCGAUCCUGGAGCGCGUCGUGGCCAUCCCCGGCGUCGUCAGCGUCACCUUCGAGGGCGACCUCGUCAUCGCCAGCACCCGCUCCGCCGCCGUAGCGGCCGACGCGGGCUUCCUGGCCGACGUGUUGGUCGCGAUUAGGGCGCAGGGCAUCGAGGGGGUCUCCCUCGUGAGCGCCGGGGGCCCCGGCGCUGGCGCCGGCACUGCCGCGCCCGCCGGGCCUUCUGGCGGCCGGGGCCGGGACGCACCUGAGCCCCCCGCGGCGGCCCCGGAGUCGGAGGAGGACCCGGACGAGGGCGAGCCAGGGUACCUCGACGACGACGAGGAAGACGAGGUGGUCAUGAGUGGUUCGGGCGCCAUCGGCGUGCCCUUCGGCGCUCCCGCCGGGCCCGGCCCGCUCGCCGUCGGCCAGCAGUGGUCCUUCUUCUCGCAGUCGAAUUGGAUGACGGGGAGGAAGGUCCAGGAGUUCGACGACGACCCCGCCCUCGCCGCGAGGCUCGCCAAGGCCAAGCGACGCGAGGAGGCGAAGAAGGAGGAGAGCAGAUCACGCCUGGGCUUCGUCACCUCCUGGCUCGGCAUGGGCCAGUAG